GCUCAUUAUCGAUCUCUGUUACGGUUCGAAAUAACGAAUCCGUUAUCGAAUUUUGACUUCGUCCCUACGCGUCCCUCAACGAUUAUAAAAUCACUGUGGUGUUUAAUUAUGUUUUAAAGUGUACCCCGAAUUGGGGUCCAAAGUCUAGAGUGACUUUUAUUGGCUGCCUGCUUGCCGCCCGCUUGCCGUUCUGCUUCUGGCCCUUUCCCCGACUCAGCGCCACACAGUUACGAGCUGCGCUGAACUCAGCGCCGACCCGAAAGACCUGCGCCUACCACCUCGGCACCGUCAGGGGAGUACUUUGGCCGCAAACGACUAGCGGAAUCCGAUCUCGACAAGUAUUAGCGCGAACCACGACAUUUUACCCGCUUUUGACCAUCUGAGCUAGUUGUGGUAAUAAAUAUUUUUAUUGAACGUUCUUCUGCCUACUCAUUUCAAAUUUCCCAUUCCUAUCGGGACAAUUAGUAGGUCAGAACAAUCCUAGACGCGACACUGGCGCCCUUACACGUGGUUAAUACUUAUCGGAUUCCGUUUUUCUUCGUGCCUUGUAGUUAGUGUAUGUUUGUGGUUCUUUUAUUGUGAAACGUUUUUUUAUUUUGCCUUCUUUUUCUUCUUGGGUUUUUUCCUGCUACUGAGGUGUACAAAGUUUCAGUAUUUUAUAUUCUGGAUUUAAUUUUUUUUUUAAAUUUGUGUAAAACCUAUUUUUUUUUAUUCAAUAUUAAUUGGUUACGAAUACCGAAAUUGUUUUGUACUUACCACCUUUUGUGAAUCAUUUUACUGACGUAUCAACCAGUACACAUUAGUAGCAUUGCUUUUUUUUCUCCUAACAGUUUUAUUUUUAUUUUUACUUAUUUCAAUUUAAAAAAAAAAACAAACGUUCAUCAUCAUCAUUUUAAUUGUAACAGAGCGGAGAACUAGAGUUGAUUAUAGUUUUAAGUAGUUGCUUUUGCUUUGUACCACUUACCCAAAAUAUUUAUUUGGUUCAUCAUGCUGUCCGUGAAGUACUUAUCUCUUCAAAAGCCAGAGCUGGAGUAUGAAGUGCGUAUUAGAGGCGUCACUCCGGCCUCAUCCGUUGAGGAACUACGCAAACAAAUUGUCAAACUUUCAAAGGACUUUCCUUCAGAGCAUAUUUUAGAGUCUCCACUCGAAGCUUCACAAGACCUUAAUGGCUGCUUGGAAGUUCUCACUAAAAUUCAGUCAAAUUUAGAUAGUGCUGAUCCCACUAUUCCUGUGCUAAUGAGAACACAAAACAUGCUGAACCAUUUAUAUAACCGUAUUGCGAGGAUAACGCGUAGUGAUGACGUUAAAAAAGAAUACGAUGAAGUCGUUAAAGAAUUUGACCUUCUUACGAAAAAGUUUAAGACCCUUCAGGCAAAUAAACCUUUUUCAAGCACUGCCGGCGCGGGUUCCGCCAGCUCCUUUGGAUCUGGACCUGCGGUCCCCGAGCUCCAGAACGUGAUCUCGGUGACAUGCGACCGUACCUCAGCCGAUCUUGCGAAAUUAAAAUUUAACGGCACAACUUGCGUGCGCUCUUUUAUUCAGCGUGUUGAUGAGUUUAUAAAAGCCCGAAAUAUUCCUGCUAGUAAGAUUUUAAAUUACUGUACUGAAAUUUUCCAAGACAAUGCCUUGCAUUGGUAUCGGUCUGUAAGAGACAAGGUAGAUUCUUGGUCCGAAUUAGCAGCCCUAUUGAGGAAGGACUUUGACCAGUCAGAUUAUGACUACAGACUGGACACGGAGAUUCGUGGUCGUACUCAGGGAGAACGCGAGAGCAUCACUAUUUAUCUCUCUAUCAUGGAUGGUAUGUUCUCGCGUUUGUCCAAUCCUCCUUCAGAGGCAGAGAAGUUAAGAAUCCUUCUUCACAAUAUUAGGCCUUGUUACGCAAGUACACUAGCAGCAUCAUCUACCGAAAUCAGUACAAUAGAUUCCUUACGCUCAUUGUGUCGCAAUUACGAGACUUAUCAUUCUCGACACUCACAGUUUCAGGAGCCACCAAGAGUGACUUCUGACACUGUUGCACCCGAAUUUGCGUACUCUAGGGAAUCAAAUAAAAGUACAAAUAAAUUUAACAACAACACAUAUAAUAAGCAAAACUAUGCAUUUAACAAUAAUUAUAAUAAAGGGCAAUAUUCUAAGAACACCAAUUAUAACCAAAAUCAAAAUAAGGCACAACAACAAAAUUAUGUACAUUCCGUGUCCAAUACAGCUCAAAACAAUAAACAACAACCGUAUUGCCCAAGGUGUCGUAGCAAUACUCAUCAUAUUCGGCAAUGUCAGGCUAGUAGGGAUGUGAUUUGUUUUAAAUGUGGCAUGAAAGAUGUCAAGACUCCCGAUUGUCCGGUUUGUAAUAAAAAUAAGAACAAAGGUACAAAAAACUAGGUGAGCGGAAUUGUAGUCAUUUUGAUAAGCAAGAUUGGGACUCUUGGCUAUCGUUCAUCAAAACAUUUUCUACGUCUUAUCGAAUAUCUACAAUUCUGCAGAAUAAGCCUCUCUUUGAUACUAGGCCUUAUGUAAAUAUUAAAAUUAAC